AUGCGGGGUGAAGAGCGACCGGGGGCGUGGCCGCCGGGGCGUUCUCAAAGCUUCACUGCCAGUGCGCGCACCAGCAGAUCUUGUUGGGAGGGAUCGUUCUCCUGGGAGCCCGCCAAACCAAGAUGGGAGGACGUCGUUCUCAAAGAAGUGUCCUCGCUGAAUCGAGGUUCGCCUGAUCACAGGGGAAUAAUUGAUUUACAUCAAGGGCAAGAUUUAUUUCAUAAUUCUUCAUCUUGCAAUAUGGAAGUAGACGAUAAACAACCUACCACCUUCUAUGUAGAAUCACAUAUCAAUCCUUCUGACUUACAUGUGGUUGACGGACUUUUCGCAUCUCGCAACUUUAAAUCAGAUUGCACGCCGCACACGUAUCGAAUAGUGCGCUGUAGAGAGGCUGCGGUGGCGGCUGCAGCGCGCACUCUUCUGAUUGCGGUGCGUAUUUGCGCUACUGCUCCACUCACCGCCACCCGCUCCCGCCUCCCCGCCUCUCCGCGCCCGCCCACGUCCCUUCCAUGCCCAUCGCCCCCGCCCGCCGACGCCGAUCCGGCGCCCCGCCUCCGCCCACGCCAACAACCCGACCCACAUCCCGUCGUCGCCUCCGCGCCCGCCUGCACGCUGGCCCCUCUAGCUGGGACUGGCCAUAGUCGAACUGGAAUCUAUCAUUGUCAGAUCCUAUCAUCCAGUUCAGUAGCCCCGCGUAGAGAGCGGGAGGACCCCAGCACGCAGGUAGACAGGCAGCCCAUGGCUGCGGUGGCUGCGGCUGCGGCGAUGCUGGUAGCGGCGGCGGUGGCGAUGGCGUGGGCCGGAAUCACCCUGAAACGUACCGUACGUCCUCUUGUGUCCCGCCAUUACUACCUGCUGUUAAAUCGUUAUUACGUCUGUUAUAUCAGAGCUUCCACUCGUCCGACACCAAGAACAAUUGCUAUCGGUAUUAGUCAUGGUAAUCAAAUGUUUAACAGCUUGCCAGAUAAAAUGAAGCUACCAAUGUCCGACGUUACGAAGAAAAAGGCACCAAUGGCGAAGGGCCGGAUUUUCCGUUGGCAAUGGGGCUUAGAAACGACAAAGCAGACGGCAGCUUUAGUGAUUCCUCUAGAGCGAUGUGAACGGCUCGCGGAAUGUCAGCAAAGUGAAUGUGGGCAGCAGAGGCGGAAGCAACAAGCUAAUUGCAAUUGCAGGAAUUACUUGCUCGCUUGCAGAGCAACGUUACGAGCUCCCGAAAUCAGCAGUCUGUUUGGUGUAACAAACAGCCCGCGCUGCCCCCGGGAGGAGUGUGAACAUGCACGCAAGGCACUGCCAGCUCCCUGCGCCCGCGAGCGCCACGCGCGGCCGGCGACGCGUUGCGCCCCGCCCACUGCCCCCUCCACGGCCCUCUCUCCGCCACCCCUGUUUCAUCCUCUCCUCCUCUUCCUUCAGUACCUCCGCCUCCUUCGCCCCACGCGCUUUUCCAUCUCCACCCUUUCCUCCUUCACGACUUCAUCUUCUUCCUACAGUACCUCCGCCCUCUUUCUCCUCGCUUCCACCGUCUCAACCUCCGCCCCCUCUUCCUCGUCUGUCCCCGCCAUCUCGCGCCCUAUCCUCCUCCCCAUCUUCAACUUCUCCUCUUCUUGCUGUGCAGCCGCAUCUACCUCCUAUCCCCCGUACACUUCCACCGCCUUCUCCAUCUCUGCUUCUUCCGUCCUCACCUCCUCCGGACCCCAUCCUCCUCUUCCUCCUCCUCCUCCUCCUCCUUCUCCUCCUCCUCUUCUUCUUACCGCGUCUACUCCUCCACCACCUCCAACACCACUGCUUCCAUCUUCGUCUCUACCUCCACUUCAUCCCCUACAUUCACCACUACCAUUACUACAACCACUCACCAUCACCACUACCACCACCAUCAUCUCUACCACUACCUCCUCCUGCUUCUCCACCACCACUACCACUACCACUGCCACUACCACUACCUCCACCACUACAACUCGUGCCACAGACGCUAUGACCACCCCACCUUUGCGCCUCUACGUAACACUGUGUGUCCACGCUGCGACCUUUGCUAUCUCCUGCCCCUUCCACCGCCACCGUUGCCUCGCCUGUGGCGCCGUCCCCGCCGCCGCCGCCUCCUCCUCCGUGCACGGCGUCGAUAGCGCUCGGGCCGCGUCGGGGCGGCGGCGCGCGGCGGCGGCGGCGGCGCAGGCGGCCGCGGGCAGCUCUGCCGCGGAGGCCGGGCGGCCUGGUCGCUCCGGCGCAGCGCCGGGUUCGGCCGCCUGCGUUUCCGGCCGCCCCUCGCCGCCGCCGCCGCCGCCGCCGCCGCCGCCGCCGCCGCCGCCGCGCCGCCGCCCACCGCGCCGCACCGGCUGCGUGUGCGUGACAGUGCGCGAGGAGAGGCGAGGGGGAGUGCGUGAGGGAGCGCUGGUGUGCGGCCGCCGCGAGCGCGCCGCCGCGGCCACCGUGCUGUGCCUGGUGUUGCUGCUGCUGAGGACGCGACGGAAGCUCUGCAUCAGAGGUGACCGGCUGGUGCGCGUGGACGGGCGGCCGCUGCGCUCCUUCCCCGAGGCGGCGCGCCUGCUGCGAGGCGACGGGGCGCCGGGCGGCGUGGUGCGCCUGCGCCUGGCGCCCGCCGACCAUGCGGACCCCGGCGCCGCCCCCGACCCCGACGCCGACGACCCCGAGCACCAAGACAGCUCGCCCCACCUGAUGGGCUCGAACGUGAGCCGGCACGCGGGCAAGCGCGGCCAGGCCGGCGGCGCGGGCGCGGGCGGGCCCGGGGCCGGGCUGGCCGGCCGGCGCGCGCUCUCCAGCGGCAGCCUCUGCAACGGACACAACCACAAGGGCGGCGCGUCGGCGCGCGCGGCUGUGCCGGGCAGCGAGAACGGCGCCGAGCACGGGGAGCGCGCCAAGCUGUGCGGCUCGCUGCCCAACCACUUGGACGGCAGCGACGACGGGGUGGGCGUGGGCGGGGCGGGCGAGCUGGCGGGGCCGGACCGCAACGGGGGGCUGGAGCUGCGCCUGCAACCGCUCCGCCCGGCGCCCGCGCCCCCCUCGCCCGCGCCCGCCCCGCAGCCCCUGUACGCCCCCGCGCCGCCGCUGGCCGCCAUGGCGUCGCUGGCGCCCACGCCCACGCCCGCGCUCACGCCCGCGCCCACGCCUCCGCCUUCGCUCUCGCCGCAGCCGCCGCCCCACGCCGUCAGCGUGUGCGUCACCGAGCUCUACCCCUUCAUCACGCCAGAGGCGACGUUCGCGGUGGCGCUGGCGCGCGGGCCGCGGGGCCUGGGGCUGUCGCUGGCCGGCGGCGCCGAGGACGCGCGCGACGCGUGGCCCGGCCUGGUGCGCGUGAAGCGCCUCUUCCCGCAGCAGCCCGCGUGGGCGUGCGGCCGCCUGCGCCAGGGCGACAUCCUGCUGGCCGCCAACGGCGGAAAAUCAGAGAAUUUGUAG